AUGCCGUUUCUGACGGCGGCUUACAGUGGGGUCGGAGCCUCGGCAUCACCCACAUCUACCCCACCACCACCGCCUAGGGGUCCGCCACCAAACCCAACGCAACCACCACCAAACACCAGUUGCAAAGGAGGGCGGCGGAGAGGAAAGGGAGACCGAAGAUGUCGCCGGAGAGCCGUCGGAGAUGCCGUCGCCACCAACCUCAACGUUAUAAGCAACCAACACCGUCACCCCCCGCCACCAGCCACCAUUCACCGUUGCUCCUCACCACCGCCAGAACCUUCCCCUCCUUCCCUUCAUCAGAUCUUGAAGAUGAUGGUGGUGAAAAAUUUCAUGAGAGAGAAAUUAAAGCCCCCUCCUCCCCUUGAACAGAUCUUGAAGAUGAUGGUGGUGAAAGAAUUCAAGAGAGAGAAAUGA